UAAGCAUUAGCCUUUAUAUUCAUGUAUAAAUAUGCCUAAACUCCACACUAUUUGAAAAAUAAAAAAACUUCUUCAAAAAGUAAAAACCGAUAGAAAUUCAAAAUGAAAUUUAACUUAUUUUUGCUCCUUUUAACCACCCUUACUGCUGUUGUUUUAAGUCAACAUCAUAUAAUACCCGGUCAAUCAAUAAUUCAAUUACUCGGUCGUGAUCUUUAUUGGGAUGUAAAUGAUGGCGUUGUUUUAUACCCAGGGGGUGUUAAUCCUGCUAGAUGGAUAAUUCAACCUUUACCUAAAGGAAAUUUUAUCAAAUACAUUAAUGGUGGAUUCGUCCAAUACAAUGGUGAUUCCAAACAACUCAAUAUUACAGAUAGUGGAAGUCCUUGGCUAUUUGAACCUAGUACAGAAGAACCUUGUUUCAUUUGUUCCAGAGAAAACCAAACUGAGUGUGCAACAGCAGUUGAAACAAAUAAUAAUGGAUGGGUAGUUAAAGCUAAGCAAAAACAUUCUAGUCCUUACCAGUUGUGGAGAGUAUAUAGGGUUGCUUAAUACCGCUGGGAAGGGAGGUCAAGAAGGUGAUUUCAAAGAGUAAGCUCUGCAGGAAGAAACUACUUAAUUCUUUUGGAUGUUUAUACCAUUAUGAUUAUAUAACAUGUUUAUAUUGUGCGAUAUAUAGUGU